CUUUAUAACAGUUAACACAACCUCUCUCGCUCUCUAGCUCCAUCUUUUCUCAACUAAAACUAUCAAACAUGGUCUCUUCAUCCUCACCGGAUCCGACCUCCGCUCCCACCCGGAGCUUGCUGGGUUUCGGUUUCUGGGUGCAGGGCUUUAGAUGCUUUCCAUGGAUGGCAGUUAACUUUUUCUUGAAAGACGCUCUGAAUGUCGAUCCUUCCACUCUUCAGCUAUUGCAAAACUCGGCCAAUCUUCCCAUGGUCGGUAAGCCUUUCUACGGCGUUGUUUCUGAUGCCGUUUACAUCUCCGACCAGCAUCGUGUCCCUUACAUCGCCAUUGGGGCUUUAUUACAAGCAUUGUCAUGGUUAGCUAUUGCAAUUCUUUCACAAUCAAGCAUCUCAAUCUUCAACAUUUCCCUAUACCUUCUCCUGAGUAACCUUGGUGCUUCAAUUGCUGAGGUUGCAAAUGAUGCCAUUGUUGCAGAGAAAGGAAAACAGCCCACUACCUCAACUAAGAGCUCUCAAUCAUCUUCUUCAGGCGAACUUCAGUCAUUUGUUUGGAUGGCAUCCUCUGUGGGUGGAGUCCUUGGGAACCUUCUAGGUGGUAUUGCCAUCAACAGAUUUGCCCCCCAGUCAGUUUUCCUCUUUUUCGGCCUCCUUGUUGCUCUCCAAUUUUUCUUGACUAUUACUGUUCGUGAAAGCUCUCUUAACCUCCCUAAAAGUCCAUCAAAUGUUGGAAUUAGAAAACAGCUCGCCGAGCUCUCAGCAGCUUUACGAAAACCUGAGAUUGCUUACUCUGUAACCUGGUUGGCAGUAUCCUAUGCCAUAAUCCCAGCACUGACUGGAACAAUGUUUUUUUACCAAACACAGCAUUUGAAGAUUGAUUCAUCAGUAUUGGGGAUCUCUAAGGUAUUUGGCCAGGCUGCACUCCUUUUAUGGGGUGUCAUCUAUAAUCAUCGCUUAAAGUCAGUCUCUCCUAGGAUACUGAUUUCAGCCAUUCAAGUAAUGAUGGCCGUGUUAAUGAUUUCGGACAUGUUGUUUGUGAAAGGGGUAUAUCGAGAGAUGGGGGUGCCAGACUUGGUAUACGUUGUGGCUUUCUCAGGCCUGUUAGAAGUUAUGUUCUUUUUUAAGAUUCUGCCAUUCAAUGUUUUAAUAGCACAGCUCUGUCCUCCAGGAUGUGAAGGAUCCGUAAUGGCUUUUGUCAUGUCGGCUAUAGCCCUUUCAUUAAUAGUGAGCGGAUACCUUGGUGUUGCUCUCGCAUCAUACACUGGAGUUACAGGAGAUGAUUUUUCUAGAUUGCCUCUAGCCCUUCUAAUACAGGCAGUGAGCACACUCUUGCCGCUAUUCUUGUCAUCUUUUAUACCUGAUGAUGUGAAAACUAAACCCAGGAGGAAGAAGGAGUAGACUUUACAGGAACUCUUCAAAGGCCUGGACUGGAGAUUAGUUAGCUUGUAUUUUUUAGUUCUUUUUUCCUUUUUUAAUCAUUGUUCUCAAAUAGAGAUUAACAGUAAAAAUAUACAAGGAUAGUCUGCAGUCAUUGUAAUUUAAGUUUUCUCGAAAAGAUAUAUUGUUAGAUAGUAUCAUCAUCUUUGGAACAUUUGUUUGUAUGGAAAAUUUUCAAUUCAUACAAUUUAUUUUAUA